CGUUACGCAUGCCCGGACGGCGGCGGGACAUUCCACGGAUUUUACCGCCGGAAGUUCGGCGGCCAUUACCAAAGAGUGGGAGUUUGGCUGACUAGCUAGAGGGGCUUGUUUCCGCCCGCUCCUGGACCUGGGUGGUGGGCGGCCAUUUUAGGUGCGUGCAAUUAAGGGCUGUGGCGGGAUUGGCUCCGCGUCUAGGUUCGUCCGCUGCUUCCCACCUACCAGGGCCGGAUCCGGAGCCCUUCCCCGCGGGGCGGGACCUUGCAGCGGCCGACUCCUUUCCAGGUGAAGGGUAACCCGGGUACGUUGAGGUUUUGAGCCAGCCUUCCCGCUCCUUCCCACCGGACCCCAGGACAGGCCGUACGCCCUCGCUGACCCGCCCUAGGCUGAAGAAACACUUAAGUUCUGGAAAUUGCGACUUAGUAUCAUGGCCGGCAGCCCUAAUGAAGAUUCAGAAGGAAGCAGAAUCACUUAUGUGAAAGGAGACCUUUUUGCAUGCCCCAAAACAGACUCUUUAGCGCACUGUAUCAGUGAGGAUUGUCGAAUGGGUGCUGGGAUAGCUGUCCUCUUCAAGAAGAAAUUUGGAGGGGUGCAGGAACUGUUAAAUCAACAAAAGAAAUCUGGAGAAGUGGCUGUUCUGAAGAGAGAUGGGCGAUAUAUAUAUUACUUGAUUACAAAGAAAAGGGCUUCACAUAAGCCAACUUAUGAAAACUUACAGAAGAGUUUAGAGGCCAUGAAGUCCCACUGUCUGAAGAAUGGAGUCACCGAUCUCUCCAUGCCCAGGAUUGGAUGUGGUCUUGAUCGUCUGCAAUGGGAAAAUGUAUCUGCAAUGAUUGAAGAGGUGUUUGAAGCCACGGACAUCAGAAUCACUGUGUACACACUGUGAACAGAUGCGUGGUGUGGAUGUGUGCACGUUCUCCUGUGUGAUCCCUGCUGGACCAUAGCACUGGACGAACUGACCUGAAAGCAGUCUGAGGAAAGAUUCGUGUGAAGUAGUCUGUGUCACAGGCCAGACUUGGGUUGCUGUAUUCUCAUGAUGGGACUGGGACUCUGGAGGAGGGAUUGCUUGGGAAAUGUUGCUGUGAUUUUUUUUUUUUUUUUUUUUCCUUCAGGAAGGUAAGGAGUAGAAAUGCCUCAUAUUAGGCAAGGAAAUCAGAUGUUGGGCCUCUGACCUGUUUUCAUCCAGGAUACGACCUGACUUGUUUGGCUUGCCACUAGGUGGCAGCACGGAUUCUACUUUUCUGUUGAAGAGACAUUGCAGGAAGGAUGAACAUUUCAAUUAGUUUUGCAUCUUUUGUCAUUUGUGAGCUUGCUUGGUAUUAUCCUUAUGUCAUUCUAGGAGAGAAUUAUGGGUUUUGUUUAAAUUACAAAAAUGAGUCUUAGGUUGUUAACAAGAAAUUUGUGGUGACAGAAAAGGAGAAAUAAACAUCUUUUUCUUGGGGG